AUGAAGUGUGGGGCGCCCUUCGCCACACAGCUGGACACAGCGGAGACCCAGGACAUCAUGGACCAGGUGAGGGCCCAGCUUGAAGAGAAAGAACAGAAAUUCCCUGUAUUUAAGGCUGUGUCAUUCAAGAGGGUUGCGGGGACAAACUACUUCAUCAAGAUGCACGUUGGUGACAAGGACUUCAUACACUUGGGAGUAUUCAGAAGUCUCCCUCAUAAAAACAAGCCCUUGAUCUUGUCUAACAACCAGACCAACAAAGCCAAGCAUGGUGAGCUGACCUAUUUCUUUUUUCUUUUUUUUGAGAGGCCCAGCCUCUGUGGCUCCGUUACCUGCAGGUAUUGGGAGAUGCACAGCUAA